AUGGAUUUAUCGUCUCCAUUAGCUCGUAUUGAUAUACACACCCAUAUUUUACCACGUGAAUUAAGUAAAAAUGCUCAGAAAUAUCUCGAAUUACGAUCACGUGCUGAUGGUGACCCACGUUUAGAUAUGUAUAAGGAUGGGAAAUUUUUUCGAACUAUUGAACCGAAUUGUUUUGAUAUUGAUGUACGUCUUCGUGAAAUGAACGAGAAGAAAAUUUCUAUGCAAGUACUUUCAACAAUUCCAGUUCUAUUUAAUUAUUCAUGUGAAAAUUUUGAAAAUGUACUUCAACUUUCUCGCGAAUUAAAUGAUCAUAUAUCAUCAGUUUGCAAACAGCAUGCAACACGUUUUAUUGGUCUUGGUACAGUUCCAUUACAAGCACCUAGUUUAGCUAUUGAUGAACUUCGACGAUGUGUUAACGAAUUAGGAUUGAAAGGUGUACAAAUUGGUACACAUGUUAAUGAUUGGAAUUUAGAUAAUGAAAAUCUUGAUCAAUUUUGGCGUGAAGCUGAAAAACUUGAUGCUUGCAUAUUUGUUCAUCCAUGGGAUAUGCCAGUCGGAAAACGUUAUGAAGCUUAUUGGAUGCCAUGGUUAUGUGGAAUGCCUUUUGAAACAACAUCUGCAAUAUGUACCAUUCUUAUGGGUGGUGUUUUAGAAAAAUAUCCAAAACUUCGUUUAGCAUUUGCUCAUGGCGGUGGUUCUUUUCCAUUUACAAUUGGUCGUAUUGAUCAUGGACAUGAAUGUCGACCAGAUUUAUGUGCUCAUAAUAAUUCGAAUAAACCAUCAUCAUAUAUUGGUCGAUUUUCUGUUGAUUCUCUUGUUCAUGAUUCUCAUGCACUGAAAUAUCUAGUUGAAACAAUGAAUGAAAAUUGUGUUAUGCUUGGAUCGGAUUGUCCAUUUCCUCUUGGUGAAGAUAAACCUGGUGAAUUAAUACUAAAAACUUUUGAACAUGAUUUAGAUAAAUGUGAAAAACUGUUAAACAGUAACGCAAAACGUUUUUUUAAAAUUUAG